UUCUAAUUAGUGUCUGCUAUCUCAUCAUUUUGUCUCCACAGCAACUGAAUUGGUCUCCUCAUUGACUUGUUGCCUGUAUUUUUAACGUUCAUUUCAUUUCAGGUUAUUGCAUAUUGUUCUUUGGUUUACAAAUUAACAAAAAUCCUUCUUCCCUUCAUCACCACAAGGUAUUGGAAGAUGAGAAAAGCUCUUGGACCCGUCGCAGGAGUCGCUGUUAGUUAGUCAGGGUUUGCACUGCGCACAAUGCAGCUGCCAUUAGAAUCCAAGUACCAGGGCUUUUAGCUAGACAGUCGAACACUCACAAUCCAAACCUACCGUCGUGUUCACGGAAAGAUUUUUUUUUAUUUUCUGUAGUGUGUGAUGCCUUUCUUCCCCUUUUUCUUUUUCAUUUUUGAUAUUUGGAUCAAUCAAACCUCCCCAAAAACGCAGAAAUGGUGUGUAUGUACACACUCCUCUGAGAAGACCGCUCUCAGUGUAAAUGUGUAGUAAUGCGGGGAGUACAUCAGGUAAAUUUAGUGCACACAAUGGAAAAUGUUUCACCCAACUCUCGUUUCUUGAUAAUGCACCAGUUUGUAUUGUUGUUUUACUACUUAUUUUCUGUUUCUACUUCUUUGGUGGUGAGUGUACCUUACUGUAUAUACACAAACACACACUUAAACACAAGUUUUGUUUAUAGCAUGUGUAGUAAGACUGACAGAAGUGCACUUAAAAAUUCAGCCGACAAAUUGGUGUCAUAAGCUCUUCAAAACCUAGUGUGCUGUCUUGCUGAAUACUGCCUAAAUAUGCAGCUGCCUUCUAAGACCGCAUCUUAACUGGAAUGAAACGUCAGAAGGGAAUGAUUUGGAACGCUGUACAUAUGCAGUAUUUUUGUACUCCCUUCACACAGUUGAUUUCAGUGCGGUUUGACAUUAACAUGUUGUUAAUCUAAUAUUUUACAUGCACACGGUUAUACGCAAAAUACAAUGAACAAACAAAAGUCCUAGAAAUGCUAAAUGCUCUUUUUCUAUUGGAGCAAAUGGAAACGCAAAAAUGACAUUUGUUGUAGUUUCUGUUCUCCACUAUAGAAGUUCAUCAAACUAUGAUGACUUCAGCUUCCAGUAACCCUGGAAAUGUGAAAAGGGUCCAUCAAGUAAAUGUAUUUAUCGCUUCAUCUUGGAAGGAUACAUGUGAUGCUGUCUUAGAAUCUAGCUAAAAGAAGGCAUCUUAGAAGGCAACAAAAUGAUUGCUCCUUCACAUUGGGAGCAUGUUUAUGCUGCCUGUCUAGGCAGCUCACUAGUUUUAGAAUAGAGCCACAAAGUCAUAUGACUGAAAGGGGGCCAAUUAUGUGGGAUAAUGGGUUGUUGGAUCCAAUUUAGAUUUAUCAAAGCACUUUUAGAAAUGUAGAAGGCAGGUUAUAAUUAGCAGGUCUCUUGGUGACUAGUUUGUGAGGUUGACUUCAGAAAUAGUUGCUAACAUGCUGUUUUUUUCCCCCCUCCAAACACCCCAUUUGUCCUUCUUUCUCCUCUGUCUGCCUGUCAGGUUUCGUACUAAGUACCACCCAGAUGAGGCUGGGAGGCGUAAAGCAGAAGCCCACAGUGCUCUACAGAACCGGCUGAACGUCUACAUGUAUCUGAUGGACAAUAACUCCUUUGAAUCCAUCUCUUUGGAUAUAGAGCAUGCUCCGCAAAUCACCAAGAUUUUAGAUGCAGCUGUAAUAAAGAUGGAAGGAGGAACGGAAAAUGACCUGCGCAUCCUGGAACAGCCCAACGAGGAAGAGGAGGAGCGAGAGAGGCUGUCAUCCGGUGGACCUGGUUCUGAACCUCCCAAACGGGACGAGCCCAGACCCGCGGAUGUUGAGCGCAAACCCUCGACUGAAAAAGACAAGAUGGGCGAGGGUGAUGAGGGCACUGAGAAGGAUGCAGCCGCUUCUGCAGGAGGCAGUGAAGGAGAGAAGACUGAGAAAGAAGCACCUGCUGAACCCAUCCCAGAACCCAAGAAGCUAAGUAAGAAGAGGAAGAGGAAGCACAGUGGAGACAGUGAAGAUGAAGCCAGUGCAUCCGACAGCGAAUCCGAUUCUGACUCCGACUCAAACUCUCACUGCUCGGAGAAACCCUCAGAAAGAGAAAGAGAACCCGACGAGGGAGAGAAGGAGGAAGAGGAAGAAGAGGAGGGGGAAGCCGCUGAUGCGAAGGAGCCGACGGAGAAGCAGAAGGAAAGGGAGAAAGAAAAGGAGAAGAAACCAAAGGACGAUCAGCCUCCACGGCCUCGACCUCUUCACAGGACAUGCUCUCUCUUCAUGAGGAGCAUCGCUCCAACCAUAUCUAAAGCGGAGAUCGUCGCUCUGUGUCGACGUUAUCCGGGAUUUGUGCGUGUGUGUUUGUCAGAACCGCAGCCAGAGCGCAGGUUUUUCAGGCGUUGUUGGGUGACCUUCGACAGAGGUGUGAACAUCAAAGAGAUCUGCUGGAACCUGCAGAACAUCCGGCUGCGGGACUGUGAGCUGGCUCCUGGGGUCAAUCGAGAUCUGGCACGUCGUGUGCGGAACGUAAACGGAAUCACGCAGCACAAGCAGGUUCUCCGUAAUGACAUCAAGCUGGCUGCUAAAUUGAUCCAUUCACUGGAUGACAAGGAGAGGCUUUGGAGCCACAAACUCAGAGAAGAAACACAUGCUCUGGAGCUCCCUGCACAGAACCCCAUUUUGAAGAACAUCACUGAUUACCUGAUUGAGGAAGUGAGCGCAGAGGAGGAAGAGCUUCUGGGAAGUGCAGGGGGAGCCGAUUCUGAUGAGGCAUCCAAAGAGGGAAACCCCACUGAGAUAACUGUGGAGAGAGAUGAAAAACUCGUCAAGGUGUUGGAUCGUCUCCUCUUCUAUCUGCGUAUCGUACACUCUAUUGAUUAUUACAACACCUGCGAGUACCCGAGCGAGGACGAGAUGCCCAACCGCUGCGGCAUUAUCCAUGUGCGAGGACCCAUUCCCCCCAACCGCAUCACUCACAGAGAGGUGGCUGACUGGCAGAAGACAUUCGAAGAGAAGCUGGGAUCCUUGUUCAGUGUGAAGGAAACCCUGUCUGAAGACGAGGCAGCAAAGAUGGGCCGCAAAGAUCCAGAACAGGAAUUGGAAAAGUUUGUGCUGGCCAACACACAGGAACUGGGCAAAGACAAGUGGCUUUGUCCUCUGAGUGGCAAAAAGUUUAAGGGCCCAGAGUUUGUGAGGAAGCACAUUCUAAACAAACAUGGAGACAAGAUUGAGGAAGUAAAGAAAGAGGUCGUCUUUUUCAACAACUUCCUGAUGGAUGCAAAAAGACCCUCCAUCCCAGAGAUGAAACCUCCACCUCCUCCAGGCCCAGGACAGGGAGUGCUUUCACCUGGAGGUCUUCCGUUCCCACCUCAGGGUCCUCAGGGUCUCAUGGGUUUUGGCCAGCCCAGACCUCCAGUUAUGGGUUAUGGAGGGGGUCCUCCUUACCCACCCAACCAGUAUGGUGGAGGCGGCAGGGGCAACUACGACAACUUCCGUGGACAAGGUGGUUACCCUGGAAAACCUAGAAACAACCGAAUGAUGCGUGGGGAUCCUCGAAAUAUCAUUGAAUAUCGCGAUUUAGACGCUCCAGAUGAUGUGGACUUCUUUUAGAGCUCCAGUUUUAUUCUUUCCAUUUUAAUCC